CCACUGUCCGCCGCGAGGCACCGCUGGCCGGGCCGAGCGGCCCCGAAGAUGCCCCGACCGCCGCCCACGUGAAGGGAAGCGCCGGGACCCGAGCGGCCGCAGCCCCCGCCCCCGCCCCGGUCCCCGUCAGAGCGGAGCCCGGGCGCGCGCUGGGAGGCGGUCCUGCGUCGCGACGGGGCGGAGGGAGCGCGCUUCCGGCCCAAGCCGGAAGUCCCGACUGUGGCUGCAUCCGGGACGGCGGGCGGGCGGGCCAAACGGGACAGGAAGGCACAGAGCAUGGAGAAUGAUGAACUUCCGUCAGAGGAUGGGAUGGAUUGGAGUGGGAUUGUAUUUGUUAGCAAGUGCAGGAGCGUUUUACUAUGUUUUUGAAAUCAAUGAGACUUACAACAGGCUGGCCUUGGAACACAUUCAGCAGCACCCAGAAGAGCCCCUUGAAGGAACCACAUGGACACACUCCUUGAAAGCUCGGUUACUCUCCCUGCCUUUUUGGUUUUGGACAGUUAUUUUUCUGAUACCUUAUUUACAGAUGUUUUUGUUCCUUUAUUCUUGUACAAGAGCUGACCCCAAAACGGUGGGCUACUGCAUUAUCCCCAUAUGCUUGGCAGUCAUUUGCAAUCGCCACCAGGCAUUUGUCAAGGCUUCUAAUCAGAUCAGCAGACUACAACUGAUUGAUACGUAGAAUCGGUCACCAUUUUUUCCUUACAGUUACAAAACUGCCACUACGUCUGGAGCCUGGUCACAAGACGGCAGUUUCUUCACAGAUCUCAGGAAGUUGUGGUGGGGCAGAGGCUUUCUAAAAAGUGUGAUUAGGGGGCUAUCUUUAUCUGAAUAAUAAUGAAUUUUUAAGUUGAAGCCUGAGAUACAGUACUACAAAAUCAUGUUGAUGACUUCAGAUUUUGGAAGUAAAAUCGUGUCUGUUAUUUGCAUUCUUUAGAAACUUGAAUAAGUACCUGAACUCCUAUUUUUAUUCUACUGUGCAACAUAGUGAUGAUUCAUAAAUUUUUCCUUUGGGGAAAAAAAUGAGUAUGAACAUUUCCAUUGUGCUUAAUGUAAAAAGGUCCAAACAUGGUCAUAAAGUUUAAAUUUUAUACAAUUAA